AUGACGUCGUCGAUGUUUGAAGAUGACUCCGCAGCUCGCCGAAUGAACGAUUCUUUGUAUAAAAAUGUUCAUUGUAUGGAUCGAUCAGCAAUCGAUAUGACCGAAUGUGCCGUUAAUCGACGUUGUUCUUCUGCUACUCGAAGUCGACUCGCUGUUUCCGUUUUGCCUGGUACUUCCACACCAAAGGCUACAAAAAUACCAACACUAAUGUCGCGCAGCCUUUCCGCUUCUUAUGAUCGGAACCGAAUC